AUGGACGCAGCAACACUGGAAAAACGUUACUUGAAAGUCACCAAAAGAUUCGUCAAGUUAUCCGGAAUUUGGCCGACCGAGACCAAGUUUUUUAAAUACCUUGCGCGAUUUAUUAUAAAUCUUAUCGUAGUCACAGCUGUGGUUACGCAGACGGCAAAUGUGGUGUGCUUCUAUAGUAUGGAUACUUUAGUGGAUGAUAUGCCUUUCAUGAUGGCAUUAAUCGCAUUACUAAGUAAACAGUGGACUUAUGUUGUUAAGGAGAAGAAGUUCAAAUUGCUUCUGGAUGGAAUAUAUGAGGAUUGGGCGAUAAACAGAUCGAAAGAAGAACUUAAUAUUAUGACGACGUACGCUAUAAGAGGAGCCUUUUUUACAUUUUUUUACGUAGGGAAUGCCUACUUCUGUGUGUUUGUAUUUAUUAACCUACCGCAUAUACCACGAAUUUUGGAUAAAAUAACACCACAAAAUGAAACGCGACAUCGAUUGUUUAUUUAUCCGGCUUAUUACGCGAUCGACGAAGAGAAAUACUAUUAUGCUAUAAUGGCACAUAUGUCUUUAGCAAUAAUAUCAGCGCUAGUUGUGUACUCUGCUUGCGAUACAAUGUAUAUGUUCCUGGUGCAACAUGCUUGCAGUUUAAUGGCGGUGUCAGGGUAUCGUUUCAAACACGCGAUCAAUUUUUCUAUUGAUGAAAAGUCGAAAAAUGUUGAUACUCCUAAUGAGAUACAUCGGAAGGUGUGUUACGCGAUUCAGGGACACGAACGAGCCAACCUAUAUCUGAAAGAAAUUGAGGACAUCCACUUUCAUUAUCUCCUCAUUUCUAUGAUCCUGGUAAUGAUAGGUGUCAGCGUUACGUUAUUUAAGAUAUCGGCAAUGAAAAUGAACACGGAUUUCUACAAAUAUUGCAGCUUCCUAAUCGUUCAGCUAAUGCACAUAUUUUUUCUAUCGAUUCAAGGACAGUUCCUCGCGAAUGUAAACGACGAGAUCUAUGACAAUAUAUACGAAGCUAUGUGGUAUAACGCUCCGGUCAAAACGCAAGCGUUAUACCUGUUUGUGUUAAGGAAAGCCCUGACUCCUCUUGAACUAACUGCCGGUGGUUUUGUUACGAUGAAUUUGCAGAGUUUCGCAGAUGUAAUCAAAACUUCUGUUUCGUAUUUUACGGUGUUGAAGAGUAUGCAAUGA